UCGUCUUGUGCAGUCGCAGGACAGAAAGGUGUGGAAAAAACACGGGUCUCCUAGGAGCGAUACACGGACGCGGCAGUGUUUUGAGAAUGCUGUCUCACUCUGAACAUCUCCGUGCCGGUGGAGACAUGGACACUCCGGGGAGGAUAGCGGCGACACCGGACGCCCUGGACUUCACGGUGGAAAACGUGGAGAAGGCCCUCCACCAGUUGUACUACGAUCCCAAUAUAGAAAACAAGAACCUGGCCCAGAAAUGGCUCAUGCAGGCUCAGGUCUCGCCUCAGGCCUGGCAGUUCUGCUGGUCCCUCCUGAGCCCAGAUAAGGUGCCAGAGAUCCAGUACUUUGGCGCGAGCGCGCUUCACAUCAAGAUCUCCCGGUACUGGUCCGACAUCCCCUCGGACCAGUACGAGUCCCUGAAGACCCAGCUGUUCUCCCAGAUCGCCUGCUUCUCCGCCGGCUCCAAGAUGGUGCUCACGCGGCUGUGCGUGGCUCUGGCGUCGCUGGCGCUCAACACCAUGCCCGAGGCCUGGCCCGGCGCCGUGGCCGAGAUGGUGCGCGUGUUCCAGGAGGAGGGGGGAGGGGUGGACGGGCGGGCGCGCUGCCUGGCGCUGCUGGAGCUGCUCACCGUGCUGCCCGAGGAGUUCCAGACCAGCCGCCUGCCGCAGUACAGAAAGGGACAGGUUCGGGGCGCCCUGGGCCGCGAGUGGGGGUCCGUGUGUCCUCUGCUGCAGCAACUGCUGCGGCAGACCGACAGCCCCGGGGCGGUGAAGGCCCGCGUGCUGCGCUGCCUCUCGUCCUGGGUGCUGCUGGACGUGCCCCUCAACGAGAGCGAGGACCUGGUGCACGACUGCUUCAGCGCGCUGCCCGACCCCGAGCUCUUCGACACGGCAGUGGAGGCCGUGGUCAACGCCAUCUCGCAGCCCGACUCCCAAAGAUAUGUGAACACUUUGCUGAAGAUGGUUCCUCAAGUGCUGGCCCUGCAGGAGCAGCUCCGAGAGGCGGUUCAGAACGGAGACAUGGAGACCUGCCACGGGAUCUGCCGUAUCGCCGUCACACUGGGGGAGAACCACUCCAGGACCCUGUUGGAGCAGGUGGAUCACUGGCAGAGCUUCCUGGCUUUAGUCAACAUGAUCAUGUUCUGUACGGGCAUCCCCGGCCACUACCCGGUCAACGAGACCACCAGCUCGCUCACGCUCACCUUCUGGUACACGCUACAAGAUGAAAUAAUGUCCUUUGAGUCGGAUAAGCAGGCGGUGUACCUGCAGGUGUACCGGCCGGUGUAUUUCCAGCUGGUGGAUGUUCUGCUCCACAAAGCCCAGUUCCCCUCCGACCAGGAGUACGAGUCCUGGUCCUCCGAUGAGAAGGAGCAAUUCAGGAUCUACAGGGUGGACAUCUCGGACACGCUGAUGUACGUGUAUGAGAUGCUGGGGGCGGAGCUGCUGAGCAACCUGUACGAUAAACUCGGGGGGCUGUUGACGAACGCGGAGCAGCCCACAUCAUGGCAGCACACCGAAGCUUUACUCUACGGCUUCCAGUCCAUCGCGGAGACGAUAGACGUGAACUACUCCGACGUCAUCCCGGGCCUCAUCGGACUCAUCCCCAGGAUCAGCAUCAACAACGUCCAGCUGGCGGACACGGUGAUGUUCACCAUCGGCGCUCUGGCUGAGUGGCUGGCCGACCACCCGGUGAUGCUCAGCAGCGUGCUGCCCCUGGUGCUGCAGGCGCUGGGGAACCCCGACCUGUCGGUGUCGUCCGUCUCCACGCUCAAGAAGAUCUGUAGGGAAUGCAAAUACGACCUGCCGCCCUACGCGACCAACAUCGUGGCCGUGUCUCAGGAGGUGCUCAUUAAGCAGAUUCACAAGACGAGUCAGUGCAUGUGGCUGAUGCAGGCGCUCGGCUUCCUGCUCUCCGCUCUCCCCGUGGAGGACAUCUUGAGGAACCUUCACUCCCUCAUCACCCCUUACAUCCAGCAACUGGAGAAGCUGGCGGACGAGACGCCUAAUCCCUCCAAUAAAUUAGCGAUCAUCCACAUCUUGGGGCUGCUGUCCAACCUCUUCACCACGCUGGACAUCAGCAAGCAGGAAGACGAGUCGGCGGACGGCUCGGCGCCACCCGUGAAGACGGCCCCGCCUCCACCUGGACCGAACCCAGUCGUGGUGGUCUUGCAGCAAGUGUUCACGCUCAUCCAGACCGUCCUCAGCAAGUGGCUCAAUGACUCGCAGGUCGUGGAGGCGGUGUGCGCCAUCUUCGAGAAGUCGGUGAAGACGCUGCUCCACGACUUCGCCCCCAUGGUGUCGCAGCUCAGCGAGAUGCUCGGCCAGAUGUACAGUACGAUUCCCCAGGCCUCCGCCCUCGACCUCACGCGACAGAUGGUGCACAUCUUCGCCAGUCAGACGGCCGACUUCCCUCCCAUCAAGGCUCUGUUUGAGCUGGUUACCUCGGUAACGCUGUCCAUCUUCCAGCAAGGACCCAGGGAUCAUCCUGAUAUUGUUGAUUCAUUUAUGCAACUCCAAGCUCAGGCCCUCAAACGGAAGCCCGAUCUGUUCUUGUCCGAGAGUCUUGACGUGAAGGCAGUGUUCCACUGUGGAGUUCUGUCACUCAAAUUUCCAGAGUCUCCGACAGUCAAGUCGACGUGCUUGUUCUUUACUGAGCUGUUGGCUCACUGCUCCGACGUGCCUCCGCUGGGCCGGGUGGUGCAGGAGGACGGCAAGCUGCUGAUGCACGCCGUGCUGGAGGGCAUCGGGGGCGGGGCUUCUCGGUGCCUGAUGGACCAUUUUGCAGAAAUGCUCUUCUCCCUGAACAAGCACUGCUUCUCUCUGCUCGCCGUGUGGCUGAAGGAGGCGCUGCAGCCGCCCGGCUUCCCGUCAUCGCAGGUCACGACCCUCCAGAAAGACACGUUCUCGCACCAGAUCCUCAGAGAACGAGUGAACAAGAGGCGGGUGAAGGAGAUCGUGAAGGAGUUCACGCUGCUGUGCAGAGGGCUCCACGGCACGGAGUACGCCGCCGAUUACUGAACCUCUCGACCCCGCGAACUCUCGACCUCUGGCCUCGGCGACCGCGCGGCGGGUUGCCACGGCGACACAGUACUCACAACAACAACAACAAAAACCUUCAUCAGCGAAGACGUCAUGAAAUGAUUGUAACUAUAAACCCCGCCUCCCACGCCGCAGGACAAGGAUCCACUCCAGACCCGCCGAGCGGAUUAAUGGACGGACAUCGAGUCCCCCGUGGCGUCCGGGAGGCUCUCCUCUCUGGUUUUCUGUUUUAAGAUUGGUUCUCUCUCUCCCUCUCUCUCUCCCUCCUCCUUGUUUCUUUUGAACCAGCUCCGGGCAGCAUGCUGCCUCGCGCCUCCUUCUAUCUCCGUCUCGUUCCGCCUCCCUCUAGAUUCUUCCUGUGGUCCUCUAGGUUGUUUCCUGGUGAUUUAGCAUCCAUAUGAAAUGGAAUAGUGGUAUCGGUACGUAGCUAAAGCUAAUUGACAUUAUUUUUCAAAAAAAAUUAAUCAAAUGAAUUAUAUAAAUGUAUACGUAUACACAUAUAGAAAGACAGGGGGGGGAGGGGGGGGUCGUCAGUCCUGCUGCUGCUAAUGGGAAGAGAGAAGGACCAAUGUCGAGAGGGGUUUCUGACUAACUCAACAAUAGGUGACUCUAAGCCCCGCCCCCUCUGAUCGCUGCAUUUGCCAAAUUAUUAUGACACGUUUUGUGAUUUGUCCUUUUUUGUUGCACAACUGGACUAGAAACAGGGCUGUACCUCAUGUACACACAGCCCCACCCGGCCACGCUGCAGGCCCCUCGGCUUGGAGAGGGUCUCUGAUGCAUUGGUCCCGACGGCGAAGCAGGACUGCCUGGGGAGAAGGCUAGAAGAGGGGGGGGGGGGGUGGUUGUAGUAGCUGGUAGUGAGAAAGACGCACAAGAUGCAAAACCGAGAAGGGAACCGAGUGCUCGGAGGGAUCAAUAAAUCCCGUCGAUGGACGGCUUAGUCACUGUAAUCGUGCAAAAAUAUUAAUCAAGUUGUGCAUAUUAACAGUUAUCGCUGAACACGUCUGUGUAUUUGAGUGUGUGUGUUCAAACCUGUGUGUAUGAAUGAAUGAGAGGUGUGUGUGUGUGUGCACAGAUGUAUCUUUUUCCCCUCCACUUGUUCAGUGCACUUAUAUUGGACCUACAGUACACAUCCAUCACGUCCUCCUAUCUUUGAAGCUGAAGAGCGCUCACUCGGUCCCUUUCACCGCACCUCAUUCAGACGACGACUUAGACGUCACCGACAAAAUCCCCCCCCCCCCCCGCUGUUGUUUUAACCCCCUUUAUCACCUGGAAUGACCAGCAGGUGAUUAAUCAUCGACCAGACUCAGAAAUAUAUCUGUUGUCGACACACAAAAUGCCACUCGAAUCCUUUUACAUCCAUCUAUCCAUCCCCGGGGGUGUGUGUGUGGACAGGACACAGACGGAUUAGAGGGUUCAGAGACUCAUUCAGACCUUCUGAGCUCAUCCAGAUAUGAAUAUAAAUAAAACACGCCCGCUGUCCGGUGAGUCAGGCGGAUGACGUCAGCGUUGAGUUGAGCUCUGUGGUCUCUGAGGAUCUUUGAUCUCGGUCUAAUCCUUCCGUCUCAUCCGAGGUGCCUGCAGACAUGUAGCAUGUAUGUGUUUUGUGGGGAAGGGGGGGGGGGCACACUGCAGAAGGACCUGAUUGGACGAGGUGGGAAUUAAUACAAACGGGUCGUCACAGUUUAAAGAGGAGGAGGGGGUGGAGGAGGGGAGGGGUGUGUGAAAUGUA